AUGGGUAUGCCUCGGCAGUUCGGCUUCCUCUGGGUCGGCUUGGGAGCGCCUGCGUCCCUCAGAUGCUACCUGCAGACUGGGACCUAUUGCUUUCAGAAAAGCCACUGGCAGAAGAUCCGCACCAUGGUGAACCUGCCGGUCAUGAGCCCCUUCCGCAAGCGCUACUCCUGGGUGCAGCUGGCAGGGCACACGGAGCGCGACGGCGAGAGCUACCUGCAGCUGCAGGACCUGCUGGACGGCUUCGACGGGCCCUGCGUGCUGGACUGCAAAAUGGGAGUCAGGACUUACCUGGAGGAGGAGCUGACCAAGGCCCGAGAGCGCCCCAAACUGCGCAAGGACAUGUACAAGAAGAUGCUGGCCGUGGACCCCGCGGCGCCCACAGAGGAGGAGCAUGCGCAACGGGCUGUCACCAAGCCGCGCUACAUGCAGUGGCGGGAGGGCAUCAGCUCCAGCACCACGCUUGGUUUCCGCAUCGAGGGCAUCAAGAAAGCUGAUGGCUCCUGCAGCACUGACUUCAAGACCACAAGAAGCCGGGAGCAGGUGACCCGAGUCUUUGAGGAGUUUGUGCAAGGAGAUACAGAAGUGCUGAGAAGGUAUCUGAACCGCCUGCAGCAGAUCCGGGACACCCUGGAAGUCUCCGAGUUUUUUAGGAGGCACGAGGUGAUCGGCAGCUCACUCCUCUUCGUGCAUGAUCACUGCCAUCGCGCUGGCGUGUGGCUCAUCGAUUUUGGCAAGACCACACCCCUCCCAGAUGGCCAGAUCCUGGACCACCGGCGGCCCUGGGAGGAGGGCAACCGCGAGGACGGCUAUCUGCUAGGCCUGGACAAUCUUAUUGGCAUCCUGGCGAGCCUCACGGAGAGAUGAGGCCGGG